AUGAGACUACCUGCAAAUCUCCCGCUUGUGUCGUCAUGGCAUUCCAACACACUUGAUGGCCAACAUCUCCGGGUCAUUUGGCCUCGCUGGAAGGGAAAUCCUCCGGGACUUACAGGCCCAGUCAAAGGUGGCGUUAUCAUCGAAACCUUGGCAGAACGAUUUAAUUUCACGUACGAAAUGGUGAGAGUCACAGAGAACAGACUGGAGCCACAGGGAAAGGAACGUGGACUUUUCAACUAUUUGUGGGAUAAUCAAUGUGACUUGUUGGUUAUCGGCGUGGGGCUGACACACGGACGUUUUAAAGUUGUAGACGUGACGACACCAAUGGCUUUUGAAUCCUAUCGGUUCCUCAUCCCAGUCCAAGGUGACACGGCCAACAUCAACGCCGUCAUCAAACCAUUUCAAUGGCCGGUUUGGUUAGGACUUGCCAUUUCGAUUAUCUUCGUCAUAAUUGUUUUACAAUUAUUGGAAUUCUAUUUGGAUUAUCGUUCCCUAUGUGAGACUAGCCCUUCUAAAGUAUCCAACAAUGGGAAAAUAACUCAAAGGGGUUGGCUUUAUUACGUAAGACGAGCUGGAAAACAUUACAUCUACGUUUUCGGCAAUUUGAUGUCACAAGGUGGGCACUGCAGAUCGAAUCGUUUAUCUUAUCGUUUUGUGGCUGGCGUUUGGUGUUUGGCCGCUUUCAUCUUUGUCCAGGCGUACACGUCGAUAUUAUUCACUUACAUCGUGACUCCGAUCAAUCAGCCGCUGAUCAAAUCCGUUUACGACAUUGUUGAACACAACGAUAUUCAGUUUCUUGUCAGAAAAGGAUCGACUUUGAAUCAGUUUAUAUCGGAUCCCAACGCGACUGGAAUCUUAUUGAAAUUGAGGAAAAAACUGAACUCCUUCCCAAAUUCCCAGUGUAAUUUCAUAUCAGAGUGCAUCAAUAUGAUCAAGCCCGGAUCGAAAAACACCUUUGCCGAUGCGCAUAGUCCCCAGCUGGAAGUCAUCAAAAGGCACUUUGAUCAAACUAAAAAAUGCGAUAUGCAAUUAGCCAGCGAAUCCUUUCUGACUGUCUUUGUGUCGAUAGCCCUACAGAAAAACAGUCGCCAUACUGACACCAUCAACAGAGGGAUAAUGGAGCUAGCACAAAGCGGAUUGAUGGACUACUGGGACUUGAAAUUCCAUCCAUCCAGCCCAUGUACGGCCAACACAAAAAGCGGAUACAAGAAAGCGGAAACGUCUAUUUCACUUAAAAAUUUGACUGGUGCUUUUGUCGUUCUAUUGAUUGGAUUUAGUCUUUCGUUUUUGGCCUUUCUUUGCGAACUCAUCUUCUCCGUACCUCAACGUCAAAUGUUUAAAACGAAAAAGGUCGUCAAUCUCGUCAUGGAACCCCCCACAAAUGCGGAAGAACCCACUAUCAAUUAA